UGUGUGUGUGUGAGAAUGUGUGUGUGUGUGUGUGAGUGCGUGUGUGUGUGAGAGUGUGUGAGUGUGUGUGCGUGUUUGUGUGUGUGUGUGUUUUUUUCCUCCUUUUUCUCAUGAUUGCCGUUAUUAGUGCUAAUUGCUUUUCCGUCAUCUCUGCGCUGCGUUCCUGGCGUCUGUAGCACAUCGGCGCGCCGAGCUCUCGGAAGGGACGAUGCCUCAGUCCCGCGUGCGCCUCGACAUCUCGCGCCUCUCAUCGACACGCUCUCAGCCUAUCCGAGCGCGUUCCUUAGGAGUCAUAUCAAUACGGCACUAACCACAGGGAGCUGGGGAGGGGACCUACUAUUAUAAUAAUAACAAUAAUAAUAAUAAUAAUAAUAAUAAUAAUAAUAAUAAAGUCUUCCGUUUGCAGUCAAACAAGCCCAUGAAAAAUGAUCAGAAGGACACAGACGAGUGGCCUGUGACGCUUGAGUGAGUGUCACUGGGGCACUCUGGGAAAUGGAAAAUGGGGUGGGGGGGGCUUAACUGCCCAGGAAAGUGCUGUAUCACGGCAACAAGACUGGCUGGUGGGCGGGAAGUUUGGUACGUCAGUGGCGAGCGGGUGCACGCCCUCUAGCGGGGGCACACGUGGGGGGGGGGGGGGGAGGGGGGGUCCAGCUGAUUAAGAUCACCGUCUCCUUUGAGUUUUCCUAUUUUUAUUUUUAAUUACAGCGCCUCACACAGCUCACAUCACAGAGGCCUACAGAGACUGGGCAUGGAGGGUUGCAUACGUAAUAAGGAGCAAUCUGUUCGGGACCCUCCCCCGCCAAGCUUCCCCAGCUUAUCGGCGGCGAGUGUAUGGGGAAAGCGGGCGCUCCCUGUAGCGGCUCCAGCGGGAUAGUGUCAUUCCUCACCGCGGUGCCCUGUUUAUCCUGUAAGCCUCAACCUGCGGCGGACCGGAGGAUGAGCGACCAGGGGAAGGGCUCGGCAUCCACUACUGCCGGGGCCCCGGCUCCCGGGUCGGACACUUACAAAGGCUGGCUAUUUAAAUGGACUAACUAUCUGAAGGGAUAUCAGCGCCGAUGGUUCGUCCUCAGCAACGGCCUGCUGUCAUAUUACAGCGUUGGGCUCAAGGCGGCCGGACGUCCUGUUCGGGAGCACAGGACGCAGGCAGAGAUGGCGCACACCUGCCGCGGCACCAUUAACCUAGCCACGGCGCACAUCGACACGGAGGACGCCUGCAACAUCGUGCUGAGCAGCGGCGGCCGCACCUACCACCUGAAGGCCGGGUCCGAGGUGGAGCGGCAGCGCUGGAUCACCGCCCUGGAGCUGGCCAAGGCCAAGGCCAUCCGCAUGAUGCGCGACCAGUCCGGUGAGCCACUGUCCGUCCCUCUCUCUCUCUCUUUCCGUCUUGCGCUGGACGACAUCAUCGCUUAG